UGUGUGCAAAUUUGGUCAGAAAAUUAUUCACUGGGUUUACACCCAUUUUGUGUAACCUUCGUAAGCCAUCUGCAUAUGUAAAUGCAUAUGUAAAUAGGAGGAGGAUCACCUCCAUUAAGGUGAGGGAGUUUUUCAUGUGUGUCGCUGAGCCAUUUGAUACUAUAAUCAUCCUAUUCAUAAGCAUAGAUCUUAUACAUCCGCAAACCAUGUCGUCAAUACCGCCAUGUGACAGACAACCGGUAAUUGUGCUAUAAUUGACCUUGGCGGCUUGCGACGGCGCACAUAGGAUCAUUUACCCUCAAAAACCGGACAAAAUUGAACAUUACAAACUUCAGCGAUAAUACUCAAAAUUUAUUUUGUUUGGUACCUACAUAAAUAACCGUUCUACAAUGAACCGAUUAAAUGAAUGACCUUCAGGCCGCUAUAUUGCUACACAAGUAGUCGGAACCUGGACUUCGUUCAGAACGCACAUACUAAUUCGCGAAACUCUCCAUUGUUCUCGAAAUUGCAAGUGGUUUCUUUUAUUGCGUGAACGGAAUUCUUGAUAAUAUUUUUAUGGAUUCAGGACAACAUGGGUGUUUUAAAGUUUUUAUUGGACCAUACUAAAAAUGAAGAUGCUAAGGGGACGACAUGCCAAGAAAUGGGUGUAGAGAAAAAACAGUUCCUCGAAUCAGCUUUAAAUACUAUGACUACAGAUGUCAUGAAAGAGUUUCAGAAUGCUAUAUCCAUUUUAGACGACCAAGAAUCAGCAGUUACUGACAAAGUUAACGCUUUGCAUAUUAUCAGGGAGAGUAUUGACGACAUAGAUUUUGCAAAUAGUUUCGUGAAAGCUGGCGGCUCUGUAUAUUUAAUUCAAAACCUAAAUCACACAGAUUGUGAAAUAAUAAGUUUAGCUGCCUACAUAAUUGCAGAAAUGUCACAAAAUAACCCAGUAUGUCAAAAGCAUUUUGUUGAUGCAAACACAAUUCCAGCACUUAUGAGAUGUUUAAAUCAAUCGGAUGAAGUUGCAACCAGUAGUUUACAUGCAAUAUCAUCUUUAUUACAAAAUUUUGGACCUGGUCUAGUGGAGUUUGUGAACGUAGAUGGGAUACAAAUUUUAUUAACCUGUUUGGAUGUAAACAAUGCAAAAAUGUUUGUAAGAGUUUGUUUCUUAAUUGGAAAAUUAGCAGAACGACAAGAUUUGCGAGAUGAAUUGGUAGAAAAAUCAGCGAUUAUAAGAUUGAUAAAAUGUUUACCUGUUAGUUUUAAUGAAUAUAAUAGCAGACUGGAGGCUUUGCUUUAUGCACUUUCUGAACUUUCAAAAAGUAAUAAGUGGAUGAUUGAAGAAAGUCAAGGAGAAAAAUUGAAAAAACUGGCUACUAGUGUUGUUGAAAAUAUUAAGAGUGUAGAAGAAUAUGAGGCUGGCUUCCUAAAUUAUAUGAAGAUUUCAUUAUCUCUUCGUAAGGUGCAGGGAUGUUGGACAAAUUUGAAAUGUGAUAUAAAAACGAACUAUUCUGGUAAAUGUAAACCGGUUGCACGGAAAAAUUCAUAUCCACCAGUUGUUCAUCAAAUACAGCACAGUUAUUUUCUGGAUUAUGAAAAUCUUCCAAAGCGGUGUUUAUCUAUUCAACCAGGUAAACAAUGUAAUACUGUUGGAGAUCCUACAGUAAAUAUGAAUCGUGAUUUGGUGUUUGAUACAACAGGAUCCAUAUAUUACAAAGCCUGUUUUAAGAACGAGUAUCAGUUUCUCCCACAAAGGACUGUCAAAAAUUUUGAUAUUCAGCAGCCUAAUCCUUCGCAGCCGCAAAGGUUAACAAUUACUAAGAAAAAAUGGCAACAUCUACAAGACCUAAAAGCUUUGAUUCCAGCAGACUGUCUUUACUUUUAUGAUAAUAUGCCUUUUGAAUAAUUAAUUGUUUAAUAAAUAAUAAUUAAACAUUAUCCUCAAA